UCCACGACCACCAUCGUAUCCCAUAGGGUCCUCCACCUACGUCGGCCCUCCAUGCCUCGAUCUCGCCCCUCCCAUGUGAGUGAGACCAAGAGGAAGUCACGGACGUGCCCGCACUGCAGCCGAGCAUUUGGACGGCUCGAUCACCUCCAACGGCAUAUGAGACUCCACACCCAUGAAAAGCCCUAUGGAUGUGAUUGUGGGGAGGCCUUUACUCGACGUGACUUACUCCGGCGCCAUCAACGGAUCGCUCAUGACGAUCGUCCCGUUGUCCCCACUCCCACCGUCCCUGGUGUCCAGGACCAACAUCUGCAGCUCCCUAGUCCGAUGCCAUUGGAAAGGUUCACAAACCAUGCCAGUCUAGAUCCCAACCAUAACACUGCUGCAGGUGAUCUAGUCCCCGAUGCCCUUGAUCUAUCCUACCCUUUGGAAGACUUCACCAGCUUCAUCGACAACAUGGGUCUCGCAUUGGAUCCUGACAGUCUGCUUAAUCUAUCCAGUGUCUUGCCCGAGCGUGAACCCCUGUCCAAUGCAUCCCACGCCGGUAACGACAGCACGAAGACCUCGCGUCCCGAGGAUGAGGAGGAUCUGGACAUCGCUCAACGCGUCCACUCUCCCACUUUACUACCAAUCCCGCUGAAUCCUCUUGCCCAGACAGUGGUAUACAUGCCGCUCCUCAGGAUCACGGAGAAGCAAAACAUGAAGAUCCUGCACGAGCUUGCUCCCUUUCAGUACCUGCUACCCAUGUUUACCCUGCCAUCGCGAGAGUCGUUGACUCGGUUUCUGAAUGCUUGGUUUGACGGGGUCUACGUGCAUAUGCCAUUCAUGCACGGUCCCUCCUUUAACCCCGACCAGCAGCCAGUGGAACUAAUAUUAGCGAUGGCCGCAGCGGGGGCACAGUACCGUUACGAGCAUCGGAAAGGUCGCCAGCUCUUCUACGCCGCAAAAACCGUCUUUCAAGAACGGCAACGGUGGAAAGAAGCGGCUACAUUGAAUGAACGCCAGUUCAAUGCCCUCACCACCGUGACCUCUGAUCUUGACGCAACCCGUCCAUCCAUGACGGAUGAUAUCAGAUGUCUCCUAAAUAUGAUGAUAUACGCGACCUGGCAACGCGACCCGCUGUUUGUGAGAGAUGCCUGCGACUGGCAGAGCCUACUUGUUCGGCUCCUAAGGGGGAGCGGUCUCGUUGAGACAGAUAUUCCUGAUUCGAACACGCUUGGCUGGCGACCGUGGUUACAACUGGAGCUUGAUCGCCGGGUCAAGCUCUUCAGCUUCGCUUUGCUGAACCUACAAAGCAUUGCAUACAAUCUGCCGCCGAUACUCCUCAGUAGCGAGGUGAAUCUUCGACUGCCCUGUACUUGCGAUGAAUGGAGGACUACCGAUGAGAGCCAUUGGGAGCGGGUCCGUCAAGGUAUCUCCUACGAGCAACCGUUCUUUCAAGAUGCUCUAGGAUAUUUCUUGAAGACAGACAACGCACCAGUAGCAAUCAAUCCUACCCCAUCCCCAGCGGCAAGCGUGAUCCUCAUUCACGGUUUGCUUCACCGAAUUUUACUCAACCGACAAGCAUCACUAUCUAGCCCGAUACCGCAAGUGGAUAGAUUCGAGGCCGCUCUCCAUCGUUGGACCUCCACCUGGCAACGAGCACCCGAAUCCAGUUUGGAUCCGCUCAACCCCAAUGGGCCGAUUCCGUUCACAUCUACCGCUCUCCUCGGCCUUGCAUAUACGCGCCUCCAUCUGGACCUAGGACCCUGUAGAGCGCUAGCCACCAGAGAUGCACGAAAGAUCGCCGAGGCGCUAGCCAACUCCGCGCCCCUGGUCCGCAGCCCCAAGCUCCUCUCUGCCCUACUUCACGCCACCCAUGCGUUAAGUAUUCCGGUCAAACUCGGCGUGGAGUUUGUCUCUCGUAGCCAGGGGUUUGUUUGGAGUAUUCAGCAUGCACUGUGCGGGAUGGAGUUCGCCGUCCUCGUCAGCAAGUGGCUCUGCGUGCUUGGUCAGUUGCAAGAGGAGGCGCAACCUCUAGAAGAGCAUGAAACGAGGCUGCUGCAUUGGAUCCGUCGGAUCGUAGAGGAGGGCCGCGCGUCACUGGAUGAUGACGGCUCCGCGUCGAACAACAACCUGGAUUGUUAUAAGCUAGCGUACUUUGUGGUCACUCUCUGGGCGCGCAUCAUGCGAGGCAAUACCCAGUGGCCAUUUGUCGAUAUCAUUGGGCAGAGCCUGGAGCUGUACGCCAGUGAUUUAUCACGGAUCAGUCGCGACCGGGAUUCUGUCCGACAGCUCCAUUGA